UUGCCAUCAAAUACGUUCAGUCGGUUACAAAAAGUGUAUUUGUAGAUUUAUUGCAAAGUAAUUAAUUUUUUGCUAGUGAACAGUUUUUUUGGAAGUUACAAAAUAAUUUUUCUAUAGUCUUGAUGAUAUUUCGAUAGAGACUAUUUGUAUUUGAGGGUAUUUUGAGUGGUUUCGAAAUCCAAUAAAAGUGUUAUAAACUCCGUAGAAACACGAUUGUACAGAUAAGACACAGCAAGAACAAUUGAGACAUAUCAAGAUAAUUGGACCUAAUCAGACUGAAGUCCAUAAGACUUGAAUAGACAUUAUGUUAGGGAACCUUUGGGAAGCAUUGUCACGUAAAAAGCGAAAUGACUCGCACGAGGAAUCAAAAUUAGCGAGGGUAUUGAAUUUAUUUGAUUUAACUGCAUUAGGUGUUGGCUCGACGCUCGGUUUGGGCGUUUAUGUACUAGCAGGAAGUGUAGCAUAUGAUCAAGCUGGACCUGCAGUAACAAUUUCAUUCUUAAUUGCUGCUGUUGCCUCGGCGUUUGCUGGUUUUUGUUAUGCUGAAUUUGCUGCUCGAGUUCCAAAAGCUGGAUCCGCUUAUGUCUAUUCUUAUGUUAGUGUUGGAGAAUUUGUCGCAUUUACGAUUGGUUGGAAUCUGAUAUUGGAGUAUGUUAUUGGAACUUCAUCGGUGGCACGAGGUCUUAGUGGCUAUAUUGAUGCUUUGAUAGACAAUAAAAUGGGAAAUUUCUGGCGAGACUUAAUGCCAAUUGAUGUUUCUUUUUUAGCUGAAUAUCCAGACUUCUUCUCAUUCGUAAUUGUAAUGAUUCUAUCCGUUUUGCUUGCAAUCGGUGUGAAAGAAUCGACAUUCCUGAAUAAUGUCUUUACUGCUGUCAAUUUAACGACUGUCUGCAUCGUUUUGGUGGCUGGAAGCAUGAAUGCUAAUCCAAAGAAUUGGGCUAUUGCAAAAGAAGACAUUCCUGAAGAUAUUAAGCAUGCUGGAGAGGGUGGAUUUAUGCCAUUUGGAAUUGCAGGUAUCAUGGCUGGUGCUGCAAAAUGCUUUUAUGGCUUUGUUGGAUUCGAUUGUGUUGCCACAACAGGAGAGGAAGCCAAAAAUCCAAAGAGAAAUAUUCCUUUAGCUAUUGUCAUCUCACUCAUCAUAAUUUUCUUGGCAUAUUUUGGAAUUUCAACAGUAUUAACCAUGAUGUUGCCUUACUACCUUCAAAAUCCAGACGCACCAUUUCCACAUGCUUUUGAUCAAAUUGGAUGGACUGUAAUUAAAUGGAUUGUCUCUAUUGGUGCUAUUUUCGCCCUCACUACCAGUUUAUUAGGUGCACUUUUUCCACUUCCACGAGUGCUGUACGCAAUGGGAAAUGAUGGAAUUAUUUAUAAAGUUAUGAAACGAGUCCAUCCUAAAACUAAAACGCCUUUGAUUGCCACACUAAUAAGUGGAUUUUUGGCUGGAUUGAUGGCAUUAAUCUUUAAUCUCCAUCAAUUAAUUGACAUGAUGAGUAUUGGAACUUUAUUGGCAUACACCAUUGUUGCCAUUUGUAUUAUUAUUCUUCAUUAUGAAGCACCAGACGAAAAGUAUACGGCGAAUCAGAAUAAAUUCACAUUGAAUGCUGCUAUGAAUCAAAUUGCCAAUAUUAAAUUUAUACAAGAACCAACAAGAAUGACGUCAAAUAUUGUCAAAAUUGCUGUGGCUGUCUUUUGUGUUCUAAGCUUGGUAUUGUGUGGUCUGCUUGAAUUUAAAUUUACAACCAUCAAUAUUAUUUGUAUGUCUACUAUCGGUGCUGCGAUGAUUUUGACAAUUUUUUUUAUUGGAAGACAACCAAAGGAUAAUGUAACGGAACUCUCGUUUACCGUGCCAUUUGUUCCUAUUUUACCUUGUCUUAGUAUUUUUAUCAAUCUCUAUUUGAUGUUCCAACUUGAUGCAGCAACGUGGAUACGAUUUGCAGUUUGGCUUAUUAUUGGAUACUUCAUCUACUUCACAUACGGUAUUCGCCAAUCAAAAGAGGGUCUCUUAAGGAAAGAGAACAUAAAAAUGGAGUAUGAGAAUAGCCAAAUUAAAUCAAUAAAAGAAGAAGCCAGCAUCGAAAGAGAGUCUGACAAGUUUUAAUCAAUAAAAAGCGUAUAGAAACAGAUAUUUUAUAUGUAAUUUAGGAAGUAGAUUUUAACGACUUUAAACAAAAAAUUUU